CCCGUGCCCGUUGAGGGCGGGCUCUCAGCUGUUUACCUUAGCUCCAGGUUUUUCAGCUGUGUUUUAUAAUCCUCCAUGAUUUGAUUUGACCCAGUUUGACAGGGAUCGGUUGCAGUAAAUGUCAUGGCAGAACGGCCAACAAACGCGACCAAGAGUUCCAAGCAGCUGCCGGACUUUCUGGAACUGAAUGAUCUUGCAAAUUUCAGAAAUGGGGGGAAGAUCUUAUUCGCAACUGACGACUGGUUUGCUGUGGCUGAAAAUCUGCUAAAGCCGGAGCCACCAUUAUGGAAAGAAGGGGUGUUCACUGAGUUUGGCAAAUGGAUGGACGGCUGGGAGACCAGAAGGAAACGCAUUCCUGGCCACGAUUGGUGCAUCGUUAAGCUAGGAAUCCCCGGCCUAAUCUCCGGCAUCGAGGCUGACACUUCAUUCUUCACGGGCAACUUCGCUCCCAAUAUUUCCAUCCAGGGGGCGUGUCUGGGAGAAGAUGUUGUUUUCCCAGAGAGACAGGGUGCUAUGGGAACAGCGGCCAGUGAAGAACAACAAGCAGCGAUGGAAAAACUCUCCACUAAUGAGUGGGAGGAGAUUGUACCUACCACAACUCUGUUGCCCGGAUACAAAGACACCUGCAACAACUACUUCGGUAUUCAGUCAGACAAAAGGUGGACCCAUUUGCGUCUCAACAUGUACCCUGAUGGUGGUAUAGCCAGACUGCGGGUGUACGGCAUUGCUAAACCUGAUUGGUCAAAAGUCUCUACCCACCUGUUGAUUGACCUGGUUGCCAUGGAGAAUGGUGGAGUCUGUCUUGGAUACAGUGACGUCCAUUUUGGACAUGCUAGGAAUCUACUGGCCGCUCCGCGCUCACUCAUCAUGGCUGACGGAUGGGAAACUGCUCGCAGAUUGGACAGACCAGCCGUGUUGGAAGCAGAUGAAAAUGCAGUGUUGAAAGUGGAGGGAUAUGAGUGGGCGGUCUUCAGACUGGGUCAUAUGGGAGUCAUCAAACGGAUUGAGAUUGACACGAACCACUUCAAAGGCAAUUAUCCUGAUUCCUGCAGUGUGGAAGGCUGCAUCAUGUCCAAGGAGCAGGAGAGGCAGGCCCAGUGCUACCGACACGGCAAGACAAAGGGAGACUUCUCACAGUGUCUGUGGAAGACAAUCCUACCUCCAAGCAAGCUUUCGGCUCAUCAGCAUCAUUUCUUUGAAGCCACCAUUCAGGAUAUUGAGCCUGUCACUCAUUUACGUCUCACUAUGCGUCCUGAUGGAGGAAUCAGCCGCAUGCGUACCUGGGGCUACGCCAGGAAAACCAGCGCCAAAAUUUAAGCAGGGACGCUCGGUCUUGCAGACAACAAGUUCAGGUCAACAGUGGACAUUGACCCAAUUGUGGACCCUAUUAAAUGCUUAAAAACAUACGUGUGAGUCGCUUUGUAGUAUAGCGGCAUGAUUUUAAUGAUCAACUGAUCAACGUAUAUAAAAAGUGCUUUAUAGUUUUACAGUGAUCCAUCCAAGUUCCAUCGAUUACUACGUUUCUGUUCUGAAAUUCCUCUUUUUCUGAGCUUCCAUUUUUCUUUCCCAUCUUUGUGUUUUCACAUUCUAGUGGUUUUUUUUUCAGGGCCUUCACACAGGCAACUUUCAUAAAGAUAAUGAAUUGAAUAGAUAAAAAAGAUAAUAAAAAAUUUUAAUUUUAAAGCUUUUACAGAGCUUUAUCCUUCUUAAAUCAUUUGUUAAUUUAAUGGUGUAUUUUGUCUUCAAAUUCAAUCACUUUCUGUAUUUUAAAAUAUUGUGAUAUUAAGCUUUGUGCUUAUUACCAGUAAUUCAUUUCAAAAUAUUGUACCUAGGUUUGCUAUGAAUAAAUGUGCAAUCUGGCAAAAUGAGACAGAACUUGGAAGAGUUCGAAAUGAGGGUUUGUGGGUAUUAGAAAAGAGAACACAAUUCUCUCAAUCAGACAUUCUGCGUUGGCAAAUUAUGGCUGUUUAAGGGUCACAUUUAUCGAUAUGUUAAAGUAAAUACAUGUACUGAAAAAAAGGCCAGUAAAGCUUUGAAUUUUGUUUUCGUGAAAAUGAAAGAUGGAAUUUGAUUUACCUUAGCUUAAAAAAAACCACUUUAAUUCCACGAUUUUUAUACCAAAUCUAUAAAAUAGGACAUACCAAAGAUUACAAAUAUCAAUAAUUUAAUUCCACGAUUUUUAUACCAAAUCUAUAAAAUAUGACAUACCAAAGAUUACAAAUAUCAAUAAUUGUGACAUCAGGAAAAAAAUCAGGAAAAAGAUUAUUGGACACAUUGCAAUACAGAAAAUUGACCUCGUUUUUUUUAAUAAUUUCAAUUUCUUAUGAAAUAUCUCAAUAGAGUUGUAGUUCUCUGUAAAAGUAAAGUAUAAUUUCUUUACAGGAUUAGUAUCUUGCACUUCGGAAUUAAAGAUAUAAUUUCAUUUAUAUAAUUCUUAAAACAUUUGUUUUUGUGCUUAAAACGUUUGUCAAAGAAAAGAAUGUUGACCUUUUCUUAUUUUCACAGAUGUUAACAUAUGUUGGACAUAUGAAAUAUUGCCAUCAGGUUUUAAUUUGCUUCGUAAAUAAACCAGAAGAAAUAUGACGUUGAGUCACAAAAUA